GACAUCAAAAAUUAUUUAGACUACUUUUUUUUUAAGUUUUGACUAUCAGUGUUUACUUGUGAACUUUUCGUAAUUGGCCAUGAAUAAAGGUACAACGUUAAACGGGAGGAGGAGUAACGUUCAAAAUGUGCGAUCCAUGUCGACUCCUAAGAAGGUGCAUCAGCUGCCACGGCGGAUGUUGUUGCUGUCCUAGGCCCAAUUGCUGUGUGCGAUCUUGUUCCAUUGAUUCGCGCAAUUGUCGAGUCGUUUUCCCUGGGGAGUUUCAAAAGUUCUCUGAUAUGGUACCACCUAGUUUUCUUCAAAAGCAGAAAACGCCAUCAAAGAAAAAGAAACGAUCAAAGAGUUGCACAGCAUGUGAGGAUGUAUGUGAUGAUCCGUGUGCGGAUAAAUGUACAGAAAAUUGUGAGCAUCCAAGACAAACUUUUCAAAAGCGAAAGAAUUUAGAUGUGGAGCAAAAUGCUGAAAGGCUCGGACAGGAUGAUGGAUCAGGGUAUGGAGCUAUCGGACCCGGAUUUAACGGAGUUCCAGGUGCAGGAUUUGGUUUUCAGCCGGGACAACCUACUAUUAUACCAUGUUAUGGAACUUACGGACCGGACGGAAAUCCCUUGAUAUUUGGCGUACCGCCACCCACUCAAUAUGGGAAUUUUGGAAUCCCCGGACCUUUUGUUUUACCAGUGGCUCAGCCAUCUGCAGUAGGUCAGGGAGAUGCCCGCAAUCCAAGAGGACCUCCGGCGGCAGGUCUACCCUCUAAAUAUUUAUCUAGGUUUAAUCCAUGUACUGGAGAAAUUAUAAAUUGCGAAAAUCAGCAAAAUCCCGCAGGAAAACCAGUUGAAACGAGACAAGGCCCUUCUUAUAACCAAUUCUGUCAAGGCUUAGGCACGGGUUUUGGACCCAACAGUCAGUAUUAUCCAUUUAAUGUUGGGGGGCAACCAAUUGAUCCAAGGCAAGUUGUUCCAAAUAAUUCCCCUGCGAGUCCCCAAGGUGGUAAGUCAAUGGGACCUACAGCGUUUUAUAACCAGCAAAGUCAACCAUUGAACUUUCCACCUAACAAUCAGAAUUAUCCAUAUAAUGUCGAUGAGGGAACACUUGAUUCUAGGCAAGUUCCCCAAUCUUUAUCAUCCGCUGUUCAAGAGCGUCAAGGUGCCAAUAGUUCAAAGCACCCAAGACAGCGGAAUGAGUCGAGGAUAGGUCGUUCGGAUAAGCCACCCGAAUUAAGGAAAGCCCCAGUUAAUAAUCAGCAAAGCAAAGCCAUGGAAAUCGGGCCAAACUAUCAGUGUUAUCCAAAUAAUGUCGGAGAGAGAAAUCUUGAUCCUAGGGCACUUCCCAAAACUAAACCAUCUACGAGUCAAGAGCGUGAAGGUAAUAAUAGGAAACGAAAUCAAUCGAUGGGAGCUCCGUUAAACAACCAUUGGCAGCCCGAAUCAAAUAUGCCGUAUAACCAACAAAGUGUGGGCAUGGGUUUCGACCCUUCCAAUCAGUACUAUCCCUAUAAUGUCGCAGAUUGCCCCUUGAAUGCAACCUUUGUACUGGAUUCCUCUAACGCACAGCCUCGUCAAAAUAAUGAACGAUCACAUUCCGCGAGACCACGAAAUGUAUCGAAAGAAAGACCCGAAAAGAGUAAAAACUCGAAAGGUCUGUCAAGUUUAAAACAAUCGGGGAAAUCACUUAAUGAUCAACCCGUGAAAUGUUAUUGCACGCGCUUUGAUCCUAACAAUCAAUAUUAUCCCUACUAUGUCACGGAAGAAGGGGACUGUCCACCUUCGGAAAAGGCAAAAGGCCCCAAGGAAUGUUCUGAGCUUCUCAACCGCGUCACCGACUCCUGCCCUCCGUGUGAUUUGCAGAAGUGGUGCCAUCUCCUGAUGCCGAAGGGAAAGCGCAAAACCCAGGUGAAGCCGGCGGCCAAGAAAAAGAACAAGAAAGCGGAUACAAGAUUGAGUUUAAAGUCCAAGUCCAAGAUGAGUGUGAAGAGUACUAAUGAGGUGGAAGCUAGUGGAACACCUAAAACGUCAGUCACCGUCGAACCUGCUUCCCCAAUUCCUGAAGAACCCGAACCUGAAGAUUCUGGCUGCCCGUGUGGUUGCAAUAAUCUUUGUCCCCCAUCCUCGCCGAAACCAGAAAUGCGCAGCUGCAGCUGCUCUGCCAACAUACCUGCACAAAACGGAGCCAACCCAGCGCCUUGCGUUUCGUAUCCCGUAAACUCCGGCAACACCGCCUGCUGCAACACGUGUCCUUGGUCCUGGUACUAUAGUCCUUGCAACGGCUGCUAUUACUACUGUGCGAACUGCUGCAAUGGCUGUCGUAAUUGCUGCAAUCACUGCUGCAGUCCGUGCGGUCGCUGUUGCAGCAGUAGCUGCCCAGCUCAGAUGGAGAAAGUUCCUCCAAAACCAAAGCCGAAGGAAAAGGAGAAACCGGACAAAUCGACUGCAAGCAGCAGGCGAAAUUCCGCCGGAAUGUCUGUGCAAUUUAACGUUUUGAACAAUCCAGCCGAUUCAGGAAUCCGGAGAAUUCAGGUAACACCUCCACCUGUACCUUUCAACUGCUCCAUGCCGUCGGGUUCAACUAUACCAGGAUAUGGUCCGAUUGCUCCGCCCCAAUUCAACUCCCCCUAUAGUGGACAUUGGGAGGCGGGCGGAGUGGACAUAAAUCGGGCCAAUCAGUGUAAUAACCGAAGUCCUUUAAACAUCAGCUGCAUGCGCCACGGAUAGUUUCCACCAUGUCUAAAUCAUACGUUGAACAUUAUUUUACAUUUUAACACAAGUCUAAAGUAAUAAAGAGAACCAUAAAAUGUAUAAGAAA